AUGGAUCUAAGCCCGGUGUUCUCAAAAUUGUUUCCUGUUCCUCCUGACACAGGAACUCCACAACAGAUCCCACGAGGACAGUACGGCUUCCCGGUACCGCCUGCACUCCGCCCUCAUGCCGAACCUCCUCAAGGAAUACCGUACCCGAACGCACUCUCAAUGCAUAAGCUGCGUUCCAACCAUGCAGCACACCCUUCGCGAAACUUUGAGGUCCACCCUAUGCAUCAUGAAAUACGCCACGUGGUCCCGCCGUCGGAUUCACGCAGACCAGAUCAGGAAGAAGUGAGGGGAAAAAAGUGGAAUGGGUACGACAACUCACGAGUUAGCCACCGUCAGACGAGCACUGGUAUCCUGUCGUUUCCAACAGCUAGGGUUCCGAGAACAGCUAGUAAAGCAAUGGUGUCUUCCACUAAAGCUCCAGGAGGUGGUACAAUCGUCUCAUCGCGUGAUGAAAAUGGCCAAAUUCGUGUACGCGUGGAAUAUAACCGUGAUGAGAUGCUUCACUUCGCCCACUCGCCCUACGCAGUUCUGCCGCCGGCCUGUCUCAAGGACCUCGUGAUUAAUACUCCACAGAUUCUGAGCCGGUUUCCACAACGGCACGGGGUCAACCUAAGCCUCUCGUGCAAGGCGGAGAAAUAA